CUGUAUUUUGGACCACAAAAUUUGAGUGGCUCUUGGGCUUACAAAGAAUGCAGGACCCAAAGCAUGAAACGUGAUCACACAAGUAUGAACAAUGACUCCACUCAACCACAUUACUUGACAAAUGCAAUCUUAGUUCAGAAAGCACCAGCUAUAGUUUGGAUACUUGCAUGAACACACAUGCACAUACCUAUAUUAUAUCCUGUAUUUCUGUUUGCAGGAAUUUCCUGGUCCAUUGAGUAUUGCUGUACGUACAUGACCAGAAAUCCAGUAGUGAAGAAAUUAAGACAGAGUGAAGUCUCUGUUUUGCACUGCUGAAGUUUUGCCAUUUUUCCAUAGGCCCAGAAUUUCAUCCAGUGUAGUUGUGAAGCUUCUAAGAUAAAAGCUCCUUCUUCAGAGAGGCAGACGAGGAAAUGAGGUUUCUAGAUACAUGCAUUUUUUGUGUAGUGUAUGUCCAUACAAAGUGAUUAUAGUUCUAAAUUUGGUUAUAUAGCUCUACAGCAAAAUAAAAUAGCAUGUAGACUAACUUUAUUCCUAUAUUUUUAGUAGAUUAAUGGGUAUUAAUAACCAAAUAAAUAAAACAAAAAUAUUAGAUACAAAUAAUCAUUUCAUCUCUCUGUAUUAAUUCUCUAAUUAGGACUUUUCUAGUAAUCAGGGAAGUAAAUGGGAAGAUUUUUAUCAUUUCAGUGGGAUGUAGAUGCAACGGCAACAAUAAAUCCUGUGGAUAAAACAUGCUACGAAACAGAAUCUUUGCCUUUUUUCAUAGCUGUAUUGACUCUGCAGUGGCAAUGAAGAUAAUUUUUGUAACUAAAACCCAUCCAGACGUGACUAACUUACGGAGCAAAUACCAAAAAAAAGUUGCCAUUUGAUGCUUUUACAUUUUAAAUUAAAAGGAAAUAGACGAUUUAAGGAUCAUUUUUUUCACUCCUCAAUGAAGAGAAGCUCAUGUGGACUUGAGUUUUGUUUUAUAUAGGUAAUAAUAAAUUAUCUCAGUAAACAUAAAUAAUGACAUUUUCCUUCAGUUUAGAGUUAAAAUACACCUAAAGUAUUUCACAAAUAAUUUCAUAUUCUAAACUGUACUGACAUUUAAGUGAACAAGAGUUGUUAAAACUGUGAGCCAGAUUAACAGCAAAUUAAUCACAAUGAAACACCAAAACUAAUAAUGCCUUCUAAAUAUCAAAUCAGAAAGACCAGCAGAGAUGGUCCACUUUUCUGUUACAAAUCUUUGAUUUGAUUCAAAUCUUUGAUUUGUCGUGGCUUUUGCUAUUAACAGCCGCAAUUAUGCAGGGACUUCAGUAUAUGUUUGAAAUACUUUGCAAAAUCAGAGCCUGAUUUUUGUUAAUUUAGAUCUUCAAUCAUUUGCAUAUAUCAUUUAUUUAAUAUUUAAAAAUUGUAUUCCGUUUGAAUAUAAUUAAAACAACUUAUUUAAUAAUUUCUUGUCCCUGUUGUCUAUCCAGGAUAUCACAGAAACACCAGGUCUCCAACACAUGAAAGCCAAGAUCUGUCUGAGAAGUUCAGAAGGUGUGCUUGAAUAGGAGCAACUGGAUCAGGUAUUACUCUAGCGAAGAAGAGGUGAACUUUUGGGAAGAAUGGUAGAAUGGCAUAUUAUUAUGGAAUUGGAUGAAUUAAAAGAACAUAAGUUUUAUUACAGGCAGUGCUGGCAGUCCUUUCUGAAAGCUGGGGAAGGCUUUUCAGUAAUAUUUUCACCUUUGCUCAAAAAAAGUUUUCUGCCAUUGUUUUCAGAGGAUUCUUUUGCCCCCCAAUGGCCAAAAUACAGGAUUCUUUUUAAGUAUGAAAAUGCGGAAGACAGAAUAACAAGCACAUUUAUUCUUGAAUAAUUUCAGGUGUGAAAGGACAGGAGCAAUCUGUUUCUGAUCUUUCAAAAUCAUGGACCAAAUUUUGCCUUUCAAAAUAUCUGUAUUAUAUUUCUGAGGCUCCCAUUCACUAUUGCAGCUGAAAAUGUGCUUUUCUUUCUGUAAUCCAUGGAGCACUGAUCUCCUACAAGACUGCUGAUGAAAUGACUGCAGGCAAUUAGAAAGUGCACACACAAUUCCACAUCCCAAAUUACACAAAAAAUACAUUUUACAGAAAUCACAUUUAGUCUAAUUUUGAUUUGGUUGUAAAUGGAAGCUACUGUGGCAGUACUGCUUAGCAUCGUCUGUUGAGUUUUCUCAGAAAAGCCGGGUGAUCUUUAGACUAAGAAUGCUCAAAAGAAAUUGCUCUGUGUAAUAUUCCCGGAAAGAAAUUGCAAAGAGUCUUGAUAAAAAUUUUACCUUAUGUUUGUGUGCCUGUGGGUGAUAUCAAAUCAACUGCUUUAUUAACAGUAAUCAGAGAAGCAAUUCACAUACCUGUACAUAGGCAUCCUCUGUUUUGCCAGAACUAGCAACAUUGGAAUUUCUGAUAAUCCAUCUUUGUUUUUAGAAAGCAUUCACUUCACUUCAGCACAGUGGGUAUAUCAACUUAAUGUGAUUCCUUUCUUUAUCCCCUCUUCUGAGUGGGGAAAACGUUAUGUGUAAUUAAUUUUUUGUACAUACAUACAACUUGGGUUUAUUAACAAAGAUAAAGAGGCUGACAGAGUUUGAACCCGGCAGGGAAAUUCUGAAAAUUGAGGGAGUGUGUAUAUCCCACAGGAAAUUCCAGCCUUAGAUUGUCUCUGGAAAAAAAGAUCAAAUUAGCUUUUUUUCUCCUGACUGUAGUUCUGUUGGGUCAGAGGAACAAAGCUGUCACUCACAGUCCAAAGUUUCUCUGUGUGUCUGUACACAUGCGUGGUAGUGAUUGCAAGGAUGUGUGUGUGAAUUUGGGAUGGAGAGGAGCUGCACCCUUGGUGGGAAUUUUUGCUCCGAUGCUGAGAUUCUGAGCAUCACCAUAAGCUUACAGCACGGCUAGUGCCAGAGGGCAUGCUGAUGUAGAGAUGCUCUUGUUGGUUACAGAUCCUCCCUACUGGGGAAGUCACCAAUGGACUGUAGACAUUUAUCUGAGAACAGCAAGGAGAUCUCCAGCCCUAGUUCAGAGCCUGACUCCCUGCUGCCUUCUGCAGCUGGCAGUAAUUCUUGCACACCCUCCUCAGCUGGGCAGCGGGCUGGAGCAACUCCUGGAAGACCGGCAGCUGCAAAUGCCGCUCGGGAGCGCAGUCGGGUACAAACCCUGCGCCAUGCCUUCCUAGAGCUACAGAAGACUCUGCCCUCUGUACCACCUGACACCAAGCUCUCCAAGCUGGAUGUGCUGCUCCUGGCCACCACGUAUAUCGCACACCUCACCCGUAGCCUUCAGGAUGAGGAAGAGUCACCAGGAGAGGGCUUGGGUGCCCUCCGAGGGGAUGGAUACUUGCACCCUGUCAAGAAAUGGCCAAUGCGAUCCCGGUUAUACAUUGGAGCUACAGGGCAGUUUUUGAAUCACUCAGCACAAGGAGAAAGUGCAAGCCAAGGAGAAACAUCAACAAAUUCACAAAUCUAAUCUCCCUUUUCAUUAAAAAAAGUUAUUUAUUACAUCAUAUGUAUUUAAGUUAAAAAGCACAUCUGCAGACAAACUGUAAUUAUUGAAGUACUGUUUAUGGAUGAGAAGGAACUGAUUCUUAACUGCAAUUAAUGCCUCACUAAUUUAAUCUGAUUUAUCACUGGUUUCUGGUUUCUAACAUAGAAGGGAUUGUUGAUACCUGAACUGAGGGAUUAAGGGAAGGCUGUUGCACUCAGCACCGACCCAUAAAGCAGCGACAAAGGCAAUACUGCUAACAGAACAGGUAUUCUCAUCUGCUCCAAUGCAAGAAGUUCAUCGGUACGCUGUAGAGAAAGAGGGGAGAUGCAGCACUGGCUAAGUAUAGUGCAUUACAAGCUUUGAUGAAAAGCAAAUGGCAAGCAAGUCUAAAAAUGCCAAUCAAAAUGCCACAUAUACUUUUUCACUGCUUGAAGCCAAUAGCAGAAAGCUCACUGACUGCAGUCUGGUGAGAGCCUCAGCCUUCAGAUAAUCUCAGAUGUAUGUAGGUUUUCUUCAAAAAUGUGGAUGCAUGCUCACUCUAAGUAAAAAUGUGCUGAAAACUGUCCUACGUACAUGCAGUGUUACAUGCAACAAACACUAACUGCUUUGUAGAUGAAAUGUAGUUAUAUAAAGUAAGUAUUGCUUGUAUUGAUUCAUAUUAAUGUGUCGCAUGUUACAGGGUUCAAAAUGUGUUUUAAGCGUUAGUUCAUACUACUGCUUGCCUGUUUAGGUACCAGGAUUCAUUUAUCUUGUUUUUCAUGAGGUUGAUAACAUUCAAAUAAAUGAGCCUUAAUACUUGGCUUGCUCACAGUACAUUUUUCACUUAAAACAUCUUCCGUGUAUCGGCAGAGAAGUUGAAACUAAUGCACAAAUACCAUCUAUUGUGUCUGUUCUGCAAAACCUUGUACUUUUCACACAGUUUGCUGUUACUGCUAAGGUAAACAUUUCAUUAAAUAUCAUUCAGUGGACAUUAUAUACUUAGUUGCAAAAUCGGUUAUCACCUUCAUUUCUCAUUGUACAGGAUGAACAUUGUGCAUUUUUAGUAACUUCUUGCUGAAGUCUUAUUUACAAUUUAAGUUUUAUAGUGACAUUUGACAGAAGAUGAAUUAUCGGCAGGCAUAACGUUUAUAAAAUCAUUUUGUUGCUUUAAUUCUUGAGUCAAAAUUGUGACCUCUUUCAGAGGUCAUUAUAAGUUGAGUGUUCAAUACCACAGAAAAUCAGGCCAUGAGUAUCAGAACAUGUAUCCAAAAUAGCCAUUAGAAAUGGUUGCCUAAACCAUCUAGGACAUGCGAGAGAAGUAAAGUAUGAUAAAAGGGUAUGGUAAGAUCAAGAGACCUCCUCCACUCCUGCAGCUUUCUGAGUUUUGACAAGUUAAUUCUUUAAAAAUAUAAUGCUCUUAAAAAUUCUUGGCAUAUAUUUCUUAUUUAUAAUUGCAAAUGCUUUAUUAAAAGGUAAGAAUUACAUAGCCAGAGCAUCAUCCAACCAAACAUGCUGUUAUGUUUUGCGGGAGGGGGGGGGAGGGAAAUCCUAGUUUUGUCAGACUCUUAUUUACAAGUAGGUAUAUCUGCGCUUUUGUUAAAAGGCUAUUUUGAGGGCAUAACACAAAAAGACGUUAAAUUUUCGACUGACAAAAUGCCAAGCAGCAAACAUAGCAGCAAAUAGAAAUCAAACCAGUUUUGUAUGUAAUUAAGAUCUAAAUAAAUGACAUCAGGUUAGGGAAAACAGACAAGUGAAAUCCCAGUCAGAAGUCAAUGUCAAAACUCCUCCUAACGAUGAUGGAGUAGGAUUUCAUCCUUGAACAUUUUUAUGAAGGGCUCAGUGAAGACUGCUGAUAAUGUGUAGCAGCAGUCUGACAAUAAAAUCAAAAAGAUUGUACACACAAAAUGUGGAGACAAUAGAAAAAUAUGAUAACGUUAUAUAUCAGUUCUGUGCUCCUUCCUAGCACAAUAGUUUCCCAGACUCUUAAGUAAUAUAUCUGAAUUCAGGCAAGACAACAAAAAUUAAAGCCCAAAACCCCCCCAGUUUUUAAAGUCUUCUUCUGUAAAUGUAAUUGAAAGAUGGUGACUGCUUACUCAUGCAGUCAACAUGUAAAAGGGGUAAGAAUAAAUAUGUUAAAAAUAGGAAAAGUGAUUGAAUGAAUGGCUUAGAGAAAACAUUGCUACUCCGACUUUUUCUGUAAAAAGGUAGAGAUUUUUUAAUUGCUAGAAGACAGACAAUAAAAUGGAACAGUCAAACAAGAAAAAUGUACUUUGUACACGCAAACAGUGUCCAAAUAAACUGUUGCCAAUUAAAAGCAAAAUGCUUAGCAGAACUGUACAGAAGUAUUAAAGGACAGUAAUGCAGAAUUACAAUAGCAGGUUUUUAGUUGAGCUAAAGACUUUCUCUAGAGAAGGUUUAGAGAACUAGAGAACUCUAUGAGUUAGGAUUUAUUUUCUGAAACAGAUUAGUCUGGAUCAUCCGCGCAUUUUUAUGCCUCUGCCUCCUCUCAUGUUACAGAAAUUUACACUAAGAUAAAACAGGUUUCCUGCACCUGUUUGUUUCAAAGCUGAUGUCUGAAGCAAACAUCCAAUUUCUUAAAAACAUUUUGUCUUUGGUAUACUGAAAUGCGUUUGACAUCUGGCACCAGAAACAUGCACACAUUUAGGCAUAAAAUUCUACAAUCUAUGUUCACACAUUGCUAUCAAAAGGAAAAAAAUUUCUUAAAGUCAUUCAGAGAUAUCAAGAAAACUUCAGACAUUGUCAUCACAGCUUUUCAUUCAGAGGGAUGUGAAAUGUAGACUUUGUACUGCUAUACACAAAUAACCUGGAUAUCCAAAAUAUUCUGCAUACAGUUCUUUUUUGGCUCAUACACACAGCUGUACCGACAAUACCGUGCCCUCCAGGCAUAUAUUGCUUUCUCUUAAUAUAUUCCCUGCCAAUCACUAUUUUUCCCUUUGAGACCCUUAGGACAAAGCAUUCAUUGUGCUUGGGUAUGCUAAAGAAUGACAACAUUAACACAAAAAGAUUAAUUUUCUAUGCUUUUGACUUCUAAAAGAUGAUUUAAUGAGAACCGAAGCAUUUCAGAUUUUAAAACACUGGGGUUUAUAGGACUGCUGUUGUACAUAAGACACAUCAGAAAAAAAAAGUGAUUGCUUCAGAGUGAACCGUGGACCAUACAGACAGACCGUCUUGAAUCUUGUUUACUUUCUUAACCCGCUGGGAUUAAUUUUUUUCUGUUUUCUCAGUACAACUGCAAUUCCAUAAACUGUUCCAUAAAUAUGGAUUUGUACGUUCUCUUUCAGCUUCUCAGAAACCAACCGGGCAUGAGCAAAAUCUUGCAGGAUUUACACCUAAGGUUCAGGACUGUGACCCUUUCUUUCAAAAGCAGUAUCACUAAGGUCCGUGAAUAUGAACAACCUAAAAAGUAACUGCUGCACGUUUAGGUUUUAGAAUAAUGAAUGACUUUCGAUUUUCUAUUGCCAAAAUUAAAUUUAAAGUUUUCUUGUCCAAAUUCCAACAAAAGCUUAAUUACAACAGCUGUUAUAAAAUUCCUGUGUUAUAAGAUCCUUGUGGCCACUUGUGCAACCAGCAACAAACUAACCUGUCAGGACUCGACAGCGAUUACGAGUAACUUGCAUAGGCAUGCAGCACAUCUGUAAAUUUGUCAAGUUUCCCGAAAUUUGGGUUAUUUCCACUUCCUGAAAACCCUCGUUUCUGCCCGCACAGCAUGGUUCAAGUCUAGUCUUUCCCGUAAGCGCAGGCGCUACUGAUGUCUAAGCCUAACGUGCCAGGAGACCUCGCCGGGGGCCUGGGGGGGCAGGGGGAGGAGGGAGCCGGCGGAGCGGCGCACGCACAACACAACCAUCGGCUCUCCCCGGGCCUGGGUACUUGUACACGAAACCUUUCUCCACCGCCGGUUUGGGGGGGAAAAAAACCCCAACAACCCAGAAGUAGGCAACCAUACAGAAAAGCAGACCAACUGCGAGAGCGAGCAGGGCACGUCGCGGCGCAGGCGUAGCAGCACUCACUGGAAACAUUGAGGACGAUCUUCGGGAGCCGGGAACGAGCUGCAGCAC